ACCGAGUCUUGGUCCGCCAUUUCUAUCAUUGCUGAUGAACUAUCCAAUACGAUGAUUGACCACUUGUCACUAGGAUAAUGACUUCCCGUAUACCUCUUAGCUGUCAGCCAACUGACAGUAUUUAGACAAACUGCUGUCUGAUUCUCACCUCACGAUUUGAUUCAAGUACACCUCUGCUAUCUGGAAGCAAUGGCUGACCCCACACUUGAACUUGAACUUGAUGGCAGCUGUGUGUGGUCACUCUUCACUGGUCUUGAGCUGUCUUACCUACUAUGUGGCAUCACUUGUGCACAGACCAUGUUCUACUUCUAUAACUAUCAAAAUGAUACACGUGCUGUAAGAUCAUUGGUAGCAGUGAUAUGGCUUCUUGAUACAGCAAAGGUCAUUACAGAAGUGCAUCAAUCAUGGCAUUACUUUGUCUUUGCACGUGGCAACAUAUCUGCUCUGCUCCAAGCAGAUCCAUUUUUUGGUGGUGAACAGCUUAUAAAGGGUAUAUUGAUAGUCACAGUGCAAUGGUACUUCCUGCAAAAGAUCCAUAGUCUUCUAUCACUGAAAACAAGAUACUCAAUGAUUACAUUCAUUAUACCCUCAGUCAUGCUUCUGCUGUUGUCGUCAGGCUCAUAUCUAUGGACAUCCUACAACUGCUUUUUCUCCUCAAAAUCAGCUCAGUUUUACGGUGUUGACAUUGCAAAGGAUUUGGAUGCUGUUGUCUUUGUUUAUGCUGUAUCACUUAUCACUGAUACAUAUAUAACAUGCAUGUUAUGCUAUGCUUUACAGCACAGCAGAACUGGAUUUCGAAGCACUGAGCACAUCAUCAUGAAGCUAUUUAACUACAUCCUCAGCCGUGGAAUAUUGCUCUGUGUGAUAAGUGCUGCAUUACUUGUCAUUUACUGUCUAGAUGCACGAUACAGCACCUGCUAUACGGAGAUCCUGCAAGCAUCAAGUGCAACAUUGUAUGCAAACUCUUUGCUCGUCAUGUUGAACAUACGGAACCAUGUUAAACAACACACAAUCAACGAGCCCGAGUCCUUGAGCUUUCUCCUCAGAGUAGUACGAACAACAUGGUGUGUAAUCAUAUGACUCAGAUCCCCGUAAUGCGAAGCACUCACACCUGUUCAAAUGUUCCCUACUUAGACUGUCAUGCCGAAUAACAGACCCGGAUCAAUUAUUCUAGGCGACCCACAAAGGACGGAGUAUUGAACACGAACGAACUCUGCCUGUACUUAAACGGACAUGUAAUUCUUGCAACUUUUGAAGAAAAUGACGUACCUACAGAAGCGCACGACGGGGCGACGUUUACUUGAGCACUCCCUCAUUAUACGAUAUCCUUCACUUCACUCCCAUGCCCCGCGACUUUGAGC